AUGAAACUUUUGUUGAUCAGCUGUUUCCUUCUUGGAGCCGGUACAGCCUCUUACCUAGCGGAAAAGCGGGAAGGUAUUGGAUCAAAAUUACGAGAGCAUGAUUAUUUUUGUCCGACCAUUCCUUUUUCUAUUAGUCCAAUGGAGUUUCUUUUAUUAAGUACUCUUUUUUUCCUUACCUAGAUGCUCCUCUGAGUGAGGAUACAGGUCACUUUAAGAGGCUACUUAGCUACUUUUUGAAGCCUGAUUAAAAAAAAGUUUUCCCCGAAAAGAAAAGAAUACUCAUAGGAAUUAUCUUCAAUACAGUUCUCACGAGUGUGGAUAAGAAAGCAACUCUCCUUGGAAGUGUCGAGACUCUCCCCAUUUAAUUACCGGUCUGGUUGUUUUCAAAUGAAAACCAGCGUACUCUACUUUGAUUUUCACCUUUAAUCAGUUUUUUUUGCCUUCUUUUUCCCCCUAAAAUAGCACAAGAAGUUGAAGAUCUGAAUGACGAAGACUUCGAGACUGCCUCUGAUAAAUUUGACGGGGAGAAUGAUGAGGAGCCGGAAAAUGAAGAUGAAGCAUUUGAAGAAUUAAGAGAUGAAGAAAACGAGAAGGAUACUAAGGAAUUAGAAGAAAUGAACGAUGAAGACGAAGAGACAGGCAAGUGAUGAUCCUGCUAACCGAGUUCUGUCUCCACUUCGGAGAUGAGAUCCAAGUUAUAAUGUCAAUGACGAGAGUUUGGAAUUUUUCUUCUCAUUGGGAAGAAACUCGUGAAAGAACAGUUUAGGAUAAACAGGGAUGAUUUUAAUGAUCAUUUUCUGCAUCGAGCAAGUUCUUUUAGCAGGUUUUGGUUGACAACAGUUGAAAGUUAGCAUGAAAUGUAGUAUGGGAAGGAACAAAAGCUCAACUCUUGCGAGGUUUUUGUUUUACUCGCACAUAAGAAAGAAAGAGAAGAAUAUUGCUCACUACACUGAUUAUACCAACAGGAUCCAUAUAAUGUCUGAAUUUGUCUUAUCAUAGGGAUUACCGGGUGAUUUACUUCUUUGGAAAAAAAGAUCAAUUACGUGGGACAAGAUGACACAAUUAUCAAUGAAGUAAACUGCGAGAAAAGCACUUUCUAACCAGAUGUUAUGAUUUUUGUUCCAUCAGGUGAAGAUGAAGUUUCUGAGGAUCCAAGACCGGUGCCAAGAAAGUCAAAAAAGAAAUAUGGUAAAGUUAUUCAACAUUUCUUGAUCUUAUAUUUUGAUUUAUGAUCCAUGAAACGUUCUUGCUCCCGCACAAUUGAUAUUCGGUCAGGUGGCCGAAUAUCCCCUGCUAAAACUGGGCAUAGUCAAGGAUAUCACGCAACCGAUAGCUUUUAAUUCAAGAAGAUAUAGCAGAAAAUGGGAAUUAUCUGUUUGUUCAUAAAAUCGUAGUGGAGAACGCUCAAAAGAAACAUUCGGCGCGCGCUGCCAAAUGUUUGAAGGAUAAUAGUUACAAAGCCUAUAUUUUACGCAAAAAAUACACUCGUAUGUUUGUCCUUGGACAUUAUCUGUUCCUCCAAGCUCUCAGGUUUCCUCGAGCUUCGCUUUCGGAAACUGUUCGCGUCUUGGAACAGAGAAUGUCCGAGGAUAAACAUUCCUGUAUAUUUUUACGCCAAGUAGAGGCUAUUGUUUCCAUCUUGCUAAGAUAUAACUAUAAUAUCAGACAAUUAUCUUGUAAAAUAUGGAGAGAAAUGUUAAUGAAUGGGCCCUUUGUCUGAUUCUGAGAUUUUUAUGUUCGAUAAUCCAUCGUUUGAUAUAAUGGUCUAAAGUAUUUUUUUUCGUGAUUAUUCUAAGGUUAUUUGUAUUGGAAAGGAAAAGGCUACCGCAAGUAC